UAAUCUCUUCUAUGUGGUAAAAUUAGUUAUACGCGAGACUCGGGUGUGUGUGAACAACAACGCUGCAUUUAUCUGCGGAAAAUAACAUUUGACAUGCCUCCAACAAACCAGGUGCACAUUGCAGCAUCCUGAUGCUAUGUGCAUAUGCCACAGUCAGUAGUUUGCAUGAAUGUGAAAUAUUACCGUUCGUGAUAAAACAGUUGUUAAAAAAAUGUUUCUGUCUUUAGCCGCUGAAAAAGGCAUCACUAGCCUAGUGAUACGCGAAUAGUUGUACACUGGUAUAUUGCAUCUCAUCUAGUAUCAUAAGCUAUGCAUAUGUGUUGUGCUUCGUCGGAGUUACUUUCCUAUGUGGCAAUGUUCCUGUAAUCCCGUUUUCUUUUUCUAAGCUCAACAAACUUUACUGUGAGCGCUGUGGUACACUGAGAACCAAAAGAAUGCGAUGUCUUUUCGACUCCACACUGUACGAAAUUUAUUUGUGGAAAUGGCCGCGUUUGUGCAAAAAAUAGAAUAGUAUGCGGUUUCCAUGUAUCCGUAUUGUAUCCUUUGUGGGUGGAAGCUCAUGUGACAAUUUUCUAGUGGAAAUGCCAUAAUAUCUGGUUUACGGUGCUUAAAGGGAACAAAUACGUGGAUCUAAUAUGCAAAACAGCAAGAGAAGAGCAUCCAAUCCAACGAGUAGAAAACUACUAUACCUUUUCAUCAGACAACUUCUCAAUCCCAUAUGCUGUGAAUGAGCGCGUGCAUGAGAAUAUUGAGUAAGGUGUGGCACAAGAACGGAUAAGUGGCAGAAGAAAUGUGAAUGAUAGAAAAAGGAAAUAAUUUGCGUUUUAUUACUAGCCUUAGUGCACGAUAUAAGAAAAAUCGAUGAAGUUUCAGUGCGGGUGGAUAAAGAUUGUCUCAUAAAUAAGAUAAAACCAGGGCUACAUUUGAGAAGCAGCAUAGUGAAGAAAGAAGAAUUCCUCUCACAACAAAUUCGCUCGCUGAUGGUGCUCAUUUUUUUACUUUUUUUUAUUUUUCUACAAGGGUGAAGUUUCAUCUUCUCAUUGCCUUCGAUCUCCUGGCAAAGUUAUAUUGUUCAAAUCAAAAGCCCAAGCUUCCAAGACCUAAAUCAAAUUAUGAUGCUCGUUUUUCUUACUAAAAAAACGGAAAGUAUGUGCAGUUUUUGGUCUUUUAUUAACGAAAUUCGCCUCGACAUCACCGAGAUAAAAUAUAUUCCAACGAAAGAGUAAAAGAACAUCCACACGAGGAAGGAUUUACCACAACCAUACGGAUUAGCAGUAGUGUUGGACACGUCCAGAAACUGAGCAAAAGCAAAGCAACUGCCGAUAAGCUACGCUUUUAAAUGCGUACAAACACUCAAGUUUGAGGAUCAAAACAUUUUUAAACUCAAUAAAUCAAUAUUUUCCAAUUAUGAACACUAAACCACCGCUUCAAGUUUCGAAUUUUAUUGGCGGUGGUAGCACAUCGCGACCACAAAGUCCGUCGCUUUGUUUUUCUACCACAUCAUCCAAGAUAGAUAAAAAUGAAUCGGUAUCUCUCUGCGGAUGUCAGCAAGCCCCGAAAUCUCAAUGCGCUUCCGCGCUAGGUGUUUUCGUGCUGGUUUUAGCGUACACUGCGCUUGGAUCUGUACUUUUCGUCACACUUGAAGGAGAUGGGGAAGAUGGCGAUAUUAUUGAGACUUCUGUUGCUGCAUCCAAACCAUAUCCUAGACACGAGUUAGUUAGUGCAGAAAUGCGCCUUAAAACUGUGGAUCGGUUAUGGUCGAUUACUGAGGAUUUAAACAUACUUUAUAAAGAAAAUUGGACUCGUUUGGCUGCCCAGGAAGUCUUACAUUUUCAGGAUACAAUAAUACGUGCGGUACGAGCAUCUCGUACCCAGCAGGUGACCAAUGUACAGCAAAAUACACGACCUUACAAAUGGACUUUCGCUUCCGCUUUCCUUUACUCGUUAACAUUGAUAACCACAAUAGGUUUUAGCGGAAUUUCUCCACGAACUCAAUGGGGACGUGUAGCGGCAUUGAUCUAUGCACUUUUUGGUAUACCCAUCAUACUACUAUACCUUUCAGCCAUUGGGGAAGGCUUAUCGAGCGGUAUGCGAUGUCUCUUUCGUCGGCUACGACCCAACCGUUCUCCUUCUGGGAGUACCAACAAUAGCAACAGCAGCAAUUCAAGCAUUGGCAGUGUCAGCGUUCCCAUGAGCAGCAAAGCAACCGUAGCCGAGCUGCAGAAACGGUCGCAACAACAGAGCUACCAUCAAUCCUGGAACCACGGUGGCACUACCAUUCAUGAUCCCUGCGCAUACGCCCUCAACGCUCACGGUUUGCGUGGGGGGAUGGCUACAAACAGUAAAAUGCACUCCCAGUCCGUUGUACCAAUAUCGAUCUGCAUUAUGAUAUUGAUUUGUUAUAUUACCCUCGGGGCGGUACUGUUUCAUAAACUGCAGCCUUGGGGAGUUUUAGAGAGUCUUUACUUUUGUUUCACCUCCCUUGGUACUAUCGGAUUUGGCGAUCUCAUGCCAAAAGGCACUGUUGCACAAUACGCAGCAUCAGCAUACAUCAUUAUUGGCAUGGCUGUCGUGGCGAUGUGCUUCAGUCUCAUUCAAACGGAGCUCAUUAUUUGGUUGAAGAAGUUUACUAUCCCCGAAUCACUUCCUACAUCCACGGAGGAUGUUGCUCUCGUCUCAGUAGCUAUGACACCGAUAAAAUCUUGACAACGACCAAAUGAUCUCAUUCCCAACGAAUACAACUCUCUUCCGCGCCGUUCUAGCGCAUUUCAUCGCAACACUCCGGCACGACGCUCUGCUGGUAUUAUGGAGAAUCACAUGGAAUAUUUCGUACCACGAAGCGUAAGUGAAUUCAAUCUGUCGGGUGUAGGUGAUCUAGCGCUUCCUCCAGCUAAACGCAACCUCUCUACGCAACACGCAGCUAGCUCUACCAUGCUAGCCGCACCAAAGCCACGAGAGAAAAUGGUAACGUUUGAGGACGAAUCAAAAUUUUUGCAUGGCUUGCCUACCACACCGAGAAAGCCGACCCUGACCAACGAUGUGUUUAUGUGACGUGACGGGUCCGGUAAUGGUGAGACGCCUCCGUCGAACCAGUAUCCUAAUGAUGUGAUUAAGGUUUGAUAUUGCUAGAAAACCAAGAUCGCUUUGCCUGCUUUUAAUUUAUUUAAUUCAUAAUUACCAAAAGCUUGUUUUCGCAACUCCAAUGGCGAACGCAAUCAGAUCGAUAAAACGGCAAGUGAAUGUAUAUCACGUGUGAAUAGAGACAUAAUGAAAGUUUUAAUAAUCCAAAUCAUCCAAAUGAUGUUUGAUAUGCUUCAUAUUCUUUUUUCCUUGCAAAAUAAGGCUACAGAAGUUUGCGAAUUUAUCCAAAAGACCAACCAUUCCGAUAACAUCUCAUGCGCUACAUUAAGAAUGAACGGGUCUACAAUAUUAGGUUCAUUGAGGAGGUAAAAAUCGUGCCAAAUAUUACGUGCAAAGUAGGUAGUAAAUAAGUGAGUGAGACUAAACAAGCAUUCCUUGAAUAGUGACAUUCAUUGAAUAUGAAGUGAACGAAAAUCUGUACUGCACUAUCAUAACUAAUUGAACCCCGUUAAUAACGUCGAUCAACACUGUACAUAUUUUGUUGUAAAAUUGUGAGGCCAAUAAAAACCAAAUUUACAUAGAUAAAUAUGCUGGUGCUCUAAUUGUCGAAACAUGAAGAAAUACUUAGACGCUAUAAUGCUUUGUCUCGUAGUAUAGUCGUCAACUCGUACGACUUAACAACAUGCUCGUCAAUCCCCAAAUGGACCGUGACUAUCCUGCUAUGGUGGAAAAUCAAUUAGUCACUGAAAGCCCAUUAAUGUUAAUUGGUUAAUUGGCCCAUUAAGAAGCCCACAAAUGGUACAGGCAGGCCUUGACCGACAACGGUUGUUGAGCCAAAGAAGAAGAUGAUAAUGCCUAUUAACAUACAUUUUCUUUGCUCUUAUCCUGCAACACUGACACUGGGGGCUUGCUGAAAAUUCAACCAUCCAACCAAAGUUCAACCGUUGAGAUUAUCAGUAUGUUAUUUUACUUCAAUCAUCAAGUUUACAGCUAUUGUAUGUUUUCCUCUAUGUCGAAAUAUGACUGAAGUAUCCUGCAAUACCUGCGUCUGCACCCAUAUGCUUUUACUGUUAAUCCGUUUGAAACCUGCUGAACUGGGUUUUUUUUUCUCAAAAAUUAGUGUACAGGCGGUCCCCGAGAUACACGGUACCUCUUAUACGCGGAUUCGGAGAUACGCAGUUUUCUAAAUUUGACAAUUCUUUGAGCAAAUUGUACUGAUUUGACACAUCAAUUGCAAAUUGCCAAAUACAUAAUUUCCGUUUUGAUCGAAUGUUAAAAACUAUUUCAAAAGGUUUAAAACAGUUAUAUUCAGUCAGAAUCAUAUCAAAUAAUUCAUAAAGUGACUAAAACCGCCCCCUACUUGCAAAAUUACACGAAAAUUUGUGAUAUUUUAGCUGGAAAUCACGAGAUUCGACUUACGCGGAAAUUCGAGAUAUGCGGUAUUUUGCGGCCAUUUUCGGUCCCCAUUAACCGUGUAUCUCGGGGACCGCCUGUAUAAUAUAGUUACAGUGAAGCGCCAUUUAUCCGGGUACCUUUUAUCCGACUAUCCAUUUAUCCGUGCUGUUGAGAAAUGACAGUUCAAUACAAAGAUGACUUAAGUCAUAAUUAAGCAAAUUUGCUUUGUGAGGAGAAUAUUUGAAAAAAAAAGGUUAUCAGAGCACAUUGUCAUAACAAAAAACACUAUAAUUCAUUGCAAAUUUCAAAUAUUCUCUUUGGAAAAACAUAAAGUUAAUAAAAAAAAUUGCUAGUUUGUAUCAAAACAUAAGAUAAAUUUCAAACGAAAAUCAAGAAUAUGUGCUUAAAUAUAUUCUUUGACUCAUUAUCCGUGUUAUUCGCAUAUCCGGCCGAGGUCAAGUCCUGAUGAGCCCGGACAAACGGCGCUCCACUGUAUAUUCUUUGAUUCCAUGCUAAUUUUUUACUAGCUCUCCGAAAUCUCCCAUGGUAGACUAAAGUCUUUCCCCGAGUUACGCGAAUAAUGCGUUCCGGAGACAUCCGGUAACUCGGAAUUUAGCGUAUGUCGAAUAUCACGUUUUCCAGCCAAACUAUGCUUGAUUUAUAAUGAUUUUGGAUUGAAUUUAGUUCAUUUAUGUAAUUUAUCACGUAUUUGAUGCAAUUGGUCUACACCAGCUGUGUCAAACUCAUUUCACCAGAGGGCCGCAAGUACAGAUUUUCAGUGAUUCGCGGGCCGCAAAGUUGAGAAUAAAAAAUAUACCUCAAUAUUUAUAUAAAAUACUGUAAAAUCAUUA